AUGGGUUUCAAAUAUAUUUUACUGACCUCUUUCCUGGUUGGCAUUGCUGCCGGCGAUGAUAUUGUACUUAACAAAAAACGAUUUCCAAAGGAUUUUAUGUUCGGAGUGAGUACUGCGGCGUAUCAAAUUGAAGGUGCCUGGAACGAAGAUGGUAAAGGAGAAACUAACUGGGACCAUUUUACUCACCAAGUCCCAUCUCCCAUAUUGAAUAACGACACAGGCGAUGUAGCCUGCGAUUCUUACCAUAAAAUAAAAGAAGAUGUGGCUUUAUUAAAAUAUUUAGGAGUUACGCAUUAUAGAUUUUCUAUAUCGUGGGCAAGAGUUCUUCCAACAGGCUACAUCAACAAAAUAAACCCAGCAGGUAUCAACUAUUAUAAAAGUCUGCUCAAAGAACUCAAAGCCAACAACAUUAUACCUGUAGUAACAUUACUUCACUUCGAUACCCCACAAGCGAUAGAAGAAAUAGGAGGUUGGGUGAACGAGUGGGUAGUCGACCGAUUCGUGGAAUAUGCCGAAGUGUGUUUUAAAAAUUUUGGAGAAUACGUGCAGUAUUGGACAACUUUUAAUGAGCCCGUAUUAAUGUGUAUUAUGGGUUAUGGGAUGGGUAUUACCGCACCUGGAAGGAAAACUAGCGGGGUUGGAGAGUACCUUUGUGCUCAUAAUGUUAUCAGAGCCCAUGCCAAGGUCUUUCAUAAAUAUAAGGAUGUCUACAACCCAACUGGAAAAGGUUUGAUAGGAAUAUCUUUGGUUACUGCUUGGAAUGACCCCAAAACUGACAAGCCGGAGGACAUCGAAGCUGCUAAUAGGCUUAUGCUGUUCACUUUUGGCUGGUUCGCACAUCCAAUCGUAUUCGGCUCCUAUCCACAAGAAAUGGAAAAAAAAGUUACCAAUAGAAGUAGUUCCCAGGGAUACUCAGGAUCCCGUCAUCCUGGAUUUACUGAUGAAGAAUCGAAAUAUGUUGCAGGUACAGCGGACUACUUUGGAAUUAACUAUUACACAUCUGUACUAAUUGAACAUUAUGAAGAUGAACACAAAAACGAUUCAUCCUGGGCAGGUGAUACUGAAGUGAUUCAAUUCCAACCAGAUGACUGGGAGGAUACAAUAGUCAAUAUGUUUAAAGUUUACCCACAAGGUAUUUACAAACUUGUAAAAUGGGUUUCCAAGACUUACAAUAAUAUACCGAUCAUUAUUACUGAAAAUGGAUAUCCCGAUGACGGAUCAACAUUACAGGAUGACAAGCGUAUUAGUUAUAUUAAGCGUCAUCUAAGUAAGUUGAGAGACGCGCUGGAUGAAGGAGUUAAUCUCAUUGGUUACACUUACUGGAGUUUCAUGGACAAUUUUGAAUGGUUGAGCGGAUAUUCAGUAAAGUUUGGUGUCUUUGCCAUUGACUUUAACAGUCCCAACAGGACCAGAACACCUAGAAAAUCUGCUGAGUAUCUCAAAAAUGUGUACGCGACCAGAUGCAUUUUGGAAGACAAUUCUCAAUGUAUUGAUUAA